AAUGGCCAAUACAUAGCGUCAGCAAUCCAGAGUUUAUAUACAUCAUUAGGUGUGUUACAAGUUUCAGUAAGGAGCAUAUUAUUACAUGCACAUGUAGUCGUAGAAAAACAAGGGGAUAGUUAACCCAUCCUUUUCUUCAGGCGCAUAUUUUUGGCAAUUCUAGUGCAUGAUAAUCUAUUGAGCAUUUGCCCACCCGAUGCUCAGCUCAUUUCCUGGAUUUAUGUACAGUAAGUAUUUGAGUAAAUUUUUUAGGCCAAUCCUCUCUAGCAACUGCGUACGUUCGUUGCCAUGCAUGCCUCCUCUCUUUUCUCAAGAAAGAACUUCAGCACGAGUUCCCGAGUGUGACUUCUGACACCCUCAGGUAAAGCAGCGGCAUACAGGAUGGAAAAUACACCAAAAAACAAACUUCACUACUAGAAAACAGUAAAUAACUCCUGGACAAUCAAUCAUGGAUGGUUCUACGAAUAGUCUAGAUGAUGUGUCGGCGGGCAGCAGCGCUGAGUACCCAGACAGAGUGUCCAUGAUGGAGGGGCGCCUUCAGUUGCAGGAAAAUGAGAUCAUUCUGCUGAAGUCAUCACUGGCCGACGCGCUGCGCAGGCUCCGCCUCCACGACCAGCUGAUCCCCCUGCUCAAACAGCAGCUCAUCGCAGUGAACCCUGCAGCGGCCCGUGUCCUGAACCAGGUCUUCUGCUCUGAUGGUUUCUCCAGCUCCCGUAAACUAUCGUCCAGCUCAGCCCUGGAUGGCACCCGCCACCCUGCCACCAGCCAAGUGGGAAACAACAUUGAAGGUGAGAAUGGUCACUAUGGGGACAAUGGAUCCCUAGCCCCCAUGUGUAAGCCCCCUACAUAUGAUCGGGAUACCCAGACAGAGCUCACCCCGCUGGGGCAGGACCAGGGGCUAGACAGGGUCCCCCUGGCUCUCACCAGUGACGUCCAGAGCCUCUCCCUGGAAGAUGCCCUCCCCAAGGGGAUCUCUCUGACCGAGGGGUCCCUGGCCAAGCUCCACCGCGUCCAGGUGCUAGAAGAGGAGGACGAGGAAGUGGAAAAGGACCUGAGCUGGGCGUCUUCUGUAGAGGAGCCCAUCCACCCCACCACCAUCCGGAGCCUCCAGAGAGUGGACCUCCAGGACCCCAAUGGCUCCACGGAGAGCCUGAGUUCAGCCCGCCAGACCCCAAUCUCGGGGUCCCCAGCCCCCCCUAAGGACCUGUCCCCCAGCUCCCGGGGUGGACCUCUCUCCACUAUCCUGGAGGGCCAGAAUAAACCCUUAGUUCGCAGGAACAGUGAGAAACUAGCAAAGGACCCCCAGGAGAAGACAAAGAAGCGGCUGGACAAAAAGGCAGCAUCUUCGGCCAACCUCCUCACCCGAUCCCCCAGUCUGGAGAGCCGGACCAAAGAUCUCAUCGCCAGUGCAGGAUCUCCAGGAUCGAGACGAGGAACCCAAGGUCAAUCAAUCAAGAUGUUCAUCCGCGGUCGACCAAUCACCAUGUACGUCCCCUCCAACAUCCAGAACUACGAUGACCUGAGGAUGGAGCCACCUGUAGAGAAACUGGAACUCGAUUGGGUUUACGGUUACCGGGGGCGCGACUGCCGAGCCAAUCUGUAUCUGCUGGCGUCGGGGGAGGCAGUAUACUUCAUCGCAUGUGUGGUGGUGCUGUACCACAUCAACAACCGCACUCAGCGCCACUACAGCAAACACACCGACUGUGUCCGCUGUCUAACCAUCCAUCCAGACAAGGUGCGGGUGGCUUCGGGACAGACGGCUGGGGUGGAUAAGGAUGGCAAGCCCCUACAGCCCUAUGUCCACAUCUGGGAUUCCGCCACACUGAUCACCCUACAACAGAUUGGACUGGGCACGUUUGAGCGAGGUGUAGGAUCUGUAGCCUUCUCCUUUGCGGACUCUGGAGCCUUCCUCUGUGUGAUUGAUGACUCCAAUGAACACAUGCUGUCUGUGUGGGACUGCGCCAAAGGAACCAAGCACGCAGAGGUUAAGAGCACCAACGAGGCAGUGUUUACAGUAGAGUUCAACCCCAACGACAGCACUAACAUCAUCACCUGUGGAAAGUCUCACGUCUACUUUUGGACCCUAAGUGCUGGCUCACUCACCAAGAAACAGGGCAUCUUUGGGAAAUACAAGAAGCCCAAGUUCAUCCAGUGCUUUGUGUUCAGCCUGACGGGAGACGUGCUAACUGGGGACUCAGAGGGGAACAUCCUGACAUGGGGCAAAUCACCCGGCGACGUCAAGACACUGGGGAAAGGGGCCAAAGAGACGUUCCAGAUCAUGCGGCAGACGCGGGCCCAUGACGGCAGUGUGUUUACUCUGUGUAUGCUGCAGGGGGGUGCUCUCCUCAGCGGCGGGGGCAAAGACCGUAAGAUCAUCCGCUGGAGCGCUGACCUUGCACCCGAGAGAGAGUGUGAGAUUCCAGAACAGUUUGGGGCGGUCCGUUGCAUUGCAGAUGUAGACGGGGAGGAGGUAUUGGUUGGUACCACCCGAAAUGCCAUCCUGAGGGGCACUUUCUCUGAUGGCUUUGUGGCCAUAGUACAGGGUCAUGUGGAUGAGAUGUGGGGUUUGGCCACACACCCCUCCCAGGAUGUCUUCCUCACCUGUGGACAUGACAGACAGGUGUGCGUGUGGAACACAGAGGAGCACAAACUGGACUGGUGCACCACGCUAGAGGAGUAUGGGCUGUGUGCUGAUUUCUGUCCCAAUGGGGCUGUGGUGUCUGUUGGGCUCAGCACAGGCAGGUGGCUGGUCCUUGACCUGCAGACCAAAGAUGUAGUCUCAGACUACACCGACGGGAAUGAACAGCUGUCCGUAAUGAGAUACUCACCAGAUGGUAGCUUCUUGGCCGUGGGUUCCCAUGACAACUUCAUCUACAUCUAUAACGUCACAGAGAGUGGACGGCGCUACUCCCGCUACGGAAAGUGCAAUGGUCACUCCAGCUUCAUCACUCACCUUGAUUGGUCCAAAGACGGGAAGUACAUUAUGUCCAACUCAGGCGAUUACGAAAUCCUUUACUGGGACAUCGCUGGAGGCUGCAAACUGUUGAGGAACCGCUACGAGAGCAAAGACCGAGAAUGGGCGUCCUACACCUGCGUAUUGGGCUUCCAUGUCAUGGGUGUGUGGUUGGAGGGUUCAGACGGCACAGACAUCAACGCCCUCUGUCGCUCCCACAAUGAGAGAAUGGUGGCGGUGGCCGAUGACUUCUGUAAAGUCCACCUCUUCCAGUACCCCUGCCCAAAACCCAAGGCCCCAAACCACAGUUAUGAGGGCCACGGUAGUCACGUGACCAACGUGCGCUUCACCCACUGUGACAGUCACGUGCUCUCCAUGGGAGGCAAGGACACCUGUAUCCUCCAGUGGAGGGUCAAGAGAGGAGGGACGGGGGACAGCGGGGGAGACCGCCUACAAUCCUCCUCUUCCGCCUCAACCAGCUCCCCAGAACCUUAAAGGAGAGAAAGAGACGUGGAGAGAAAGACAGAGACUGAGAGAAACAGAGAGAGGGUGAUAAAGAGACAAAGGGG